AUGGCGCAAUAUGAUGAUAAAUUGAGUCAAACCAAGGAGCAUAUGCGAAAACUGGAAGAACAAAAAGGUAGAGCAGUUCAAGCGCUUAUAGAUAUUAAAAUGGUGGCUGAGAAAACAAAUGCAAUGGUUGAUGAACUGAUAGCAACAAAGAGGACCGUUUCUGAGACAGUUUCUUCGGAGACACGGAACAAUAUUACUGAACAUGAAAGGAAAUUGUCUGAUAAAGAUGAUUUGUUGGCCGAGUAUAGAAGGAAGAUUCAAGAAUUGGAGGCGGAGUUGGAGAAACGGAGAGAGGCGGAGACGAAUUUGUUUGAUACGUUGGUGAUGCAGACCAAACAGCUUGAGCAUAAUAAGAUGUUGCUGGAGGAGUCGAGGCAUGAGAUUUCGUCUCUUGAAGAGAAACUCAAGACACUUUCAUUAGGCGCCAAGAAAAAGGAUGAUUCCGAGGAGAAAAAUGUAAAGGAACAAGAGAUGGCCAAGAGGAAAUUGAAUGAAAGUCGGGAGGACGAGAGUGUGGAAGAGGAGGGACUAUUCGCGUUGGAGGCCAGGAGUUUGGUUGAGGAAUUGAAUUUGCUUAAAAGCGAGCUGAAAGCAGCAACCAAGGCGGAGGAGAAUAGCAAGAAAGCGAUGGAUGAUUUGGCGUUUGCGUUGAAAGAGGUAGCCACAGAAGCUAACCAAGUGAAAGCCGAGCUGACGUUGAGUCAAGUUGAACUGGAGCACACCAAAAGUGAGGCCGAGCGUUGGAAAGUGAUGUUGGAAACCACGGAAGACAAGUACAAAGAGCUUCUGGAAGUGACGAGGAAAGAAGGUGAUAGGUUUAAAAACACUGCGGAGAGGUUGAGAUUAGAAGCUGAAGAAUCCCUUCUGGCGUGGAAUGGGAAAGAAACUGAGUUUGUGACUUGUAUCAAAAGAGCGGAAGAGGAACGGUUGCUUACACAGGAAGAAACAUCAAGAGUGGUUGAAUUGCUUAAAGAAGCUGAGGGUAAGACAAAGAUUUCUAAAGAAGAGAAUCAAAAACUGCGCGAUAUACUAAAACAAGCUUUAAAUGAAGCUAAUGUUGCAAAAGAAGCUGCUGAGAUUGCGAAAGCUGAAAAUGGUAGACUAAAAGAUAGUCUCAAUUUGCUUGUUCAUGAGAAUGAGAUGUUGAAAAUUCAUGAAGCUGCGUCAUUUGAGAAUAUCAAAGAGUUGAAAAGAUUUCUAUCAGAAACAUCAUCAAAAGAGUUCCGAAACGAAGAUAUCGAGAAAUAUUCUGCAGCAAAGGAAGGUAUAAAAGCUAAGGAGCAUCAUAAGGAGCAUAAAGAAUCAAGAAGUUUAAGCAAAACUUUUAGUCUUAAUUUGAAAGACAUGAUAACAAAUAAGCAACCACCCAAAGUGGUGAAUAAUGAAGAGGUUACUAAUAACAAAGAAAUUACAGAAGAUGAUACAUUAAGGGGUUCGAUAUUUGAUGAAGUGGAUGAGUCAUCUGAUGAAUCACCAAAUCAUUAUGUUGAUAUGGGAGUUCCAGAAGAUUUUGAUAAUUUAGAUGAGUCACAUUUUGAUGAUUAUGAAGGUGAUAAGAACAAUAGGAAAAGAAGAGCAUUGCUGAGAAGAUUUGGUGAUCUUAUAAGGAGAAAAAGUACUAAUUAUCAAAGAAAAGAGGAGGAACAUAUACAAACGUAA